AUGGACUCCCUACCGAGCUGGGUGUUGAAGGUGUCAGUUGCCUCGCUUGGGGCCGUGGCUGUGCUCGCACUGCUGAGGCGGCAGCAGCUGCAGGCCAAGAUCAAGGAGACAGAGGCAGGACUAUCGCAAACUGCCACACCCUCUCCGCCAGCCCCUGCGUCAGCUCCUGCAAAGCCAAAGGAAGAGGUGGCGCUUCAGGCUGCGAAGGCUUCGGGGCUGGAAGGUAUCGCUGCUCAGAAGGCUGCCGCCAUGGCCGUGAACGGCCAGCAACCGGGCGCCCCUGACCUCAGCAUUCCGCUGGAGAAGGACAUUGAAAGACGCCUUAGGGAAAAGUAUGCUCCAUCGUACCUGGACGUUGAAGAUCAAGGCGGCAAUUGCGGCGCUCUGAAGGUGGCCAUAGUUAUGGUCAGCGAGGCAUUCCAGGGAAAGACCCGCGUGAAUCGACAGCGCGAGGUGCAGGCACUCCUUCGAGAGGACCUGGAUUCGGGCCGGGUUCAUGCGCUGUCGCUGAUGCUGAAAACACCCGAGGAGCACAAAAAGCUCAUGGAGAAGCAGGGCACAGCCUGA